CGUGCCGAAGGGGUCUCUAGGGGGUGCCUCGUGCUUGAGCGAACACCGAUCACGUGUGUUUAUUUAUCGUUUGUUUUCUCGACAUCGUCUUUUGUUUCUUACCGUCACCCCCUCCGACCGCCAACCGCGAUCCAAACCGCCUCCCGCGCCAGUGAACAUGUCUGUGUCGCCCGCCGUGCUCCGUCGCCUUAUGCGCGAGAUCUCUGAACUGCAGAGGACGCCGCCAGAGGGCAUUCGCAUCCUCGCCAGCGAGGACAACAUGCUCGACGUGACGGGCGUCAUUGAGGGUCCUGAGGGCACCCCGUACGCGGGUGGCUACUUCAGCGUCAAGUUCAAGUUCACGGAAGAGUUUCCCGCGGCGCCGCCAAAAUGCUGGUUCGCGACGAAGAUCUUCCACCCGAACGUGUCCUCCGCGGGCGACAUCUGCGUGAACACGCUCAAGAAGGACUGGCAGGCGUCGUACGGCAUCGCGCACAUCCUCGUCACCGUCAAGUGUCUGCUCAUCUACCCGAACCCCGAGUCCGCGCUCGACGAGGAGGCCGGGAAGCUCCUGCUCGAGGACUACAACUCGUACUGCAGCCGCGCGCGGCUGAUGACGGGCGUGCACGCGCGCGCGAGGCCCGCGGCGUUCGACGCGCCCGCUGCUUCGACUUCAAGUUCGAACGCGAACAACUCCGCACCGUCCUCGAAGCCGCCAUCGAGCGCGGCGCAGACGCCGGUGAUGUCGGUUUCGUCGCGCACUUCCACUAUGCGCAAGUCAGCCUCGCCAGCGCCCGCGACGGGCCCGCAGGUGCCGUUCAAGCAGUCGAAUGCGGGUGGGGAGGAUGGCACGGGCAAGGAGCACGGCUCGAAGGGGAGCUACUCGGGGCCGUCACCGCUGGGCACGGCGGACAAGAAUGUGAACGGGGGCGCGGCACCGGCGGCGGCGACGGGCAAGGCAGUGAAGCGGGCGGCUACCGGAGGGGCCGCGAAUGGGGCGGAGAAGCGGAAGAAGGCGCUGAAGCGGCUGUGAGGGGAAGCCUAUCAGUGCAGCUGUUCUGUCGCAGAUAUGCUGUCGCUGCUUGUGCGCCGCCGCGUGCAUCAUCGCCUCGCCCGCUCUGUCAGCCCCCGCUUGCGCUCAGCAAGCGCCGGCCUUUGCUCUGUCAGCGCCCCUCUCCAUCGCCCUACCAGCCCCCUUCCCCCCUCGCAUGCUCCCGGCGACCCUCCUUUGCUCUGAGGAAGACAUUUGUACCUAUAUACGCAUCGCAUACCUACAUCUUUACCGACAUCUCUUGUUCCCUUCGUAGUACAUAAUUUCAUGGCUCGUUCUCAUUC